AUCACCUGGUUAUAUUUACGCUAAAGUAUUCUUGGUUGUUUCUGCCUCCCUUUUCAAUGGGUUUUCGUUCUUCAAAGCCGAUAGGUCAUUGCAAGGUUUACAAAAUCAAAUGUUUUCCAUUUUCAUGUUUUUCAUCCCGUUCAACACCAUUGUUCAGCAAUUACUUCCACAAUACGUAAAGCAAAGAGAUGUUUAUGAAGUUAGAGAAGCUCCAUCAAGAACAUUCAAUUGGUUUGCAUUCAUCAGUGCUCAACUUACAUCUGAAAUGCCAUACCAAAUUGUUGUUGGGACUUUGGCAUACUUUUGCUGGUACUAUCCAGUUGGUUUGUACAACAAUGCCGUUCCAACAGAUGCAGUUGAUCAAAGAGGUGUCCUUAUGUGGCUUUUCAUUACCAGUUUUUAUGUUUACACAAGCACCAUGGGUCUUUUGUGUAUCUCAUUUAUUGAGCUUGCCGAUAACGCUGCCAACCUUGCCACACUUUUGUUCACAAUGUGCUUGAACUUUUGUGGUGUGCUUAAAACCGGAGAAGAACUUCCACGAUUUUGGAUUUUCAUGUACCGUGCGAACCCCUUCACUUAUUUAGUCCAAGGUAUGUUAGCCACGGGAUUGGCAAAUACAUCAGUUCAAUGUGAUGACGCGGAGUUGUUGACAAUUGAACCACCCAGUGGACAAUCAUGCUCUUCGUACUUGAGUGAUUAUCUCCAACAAGCUGGUGGAUACAUCGUUGAUACAGAUGGCUGUCAAUUUUGUCAAGUCAAAGACACGAAUACAUAUUUGAACUCGGUAAAUGCAAGGUACAGUGAAAGAUGGAGAAACUUUGGUCUUGUCGUUUGUUUCAUUGCCAUCAAUAUCGUCUUGACGGGACUCUUUUACUGGUUGGCCAGAGUUCCGAAAGGAAAUAGGGAGAAGGAGAACAAAAAGAAUAAUGAAAAGUAG